CCAAUCCGUCCCUCCCUCUUCCUUCCUUAUCCCCUUCCAGCCUUCCUUUCCCUUUCGCUCCUCCCAUGGCCACCACCAUGUCCCUCCGCUGCCUCGCCAUGGCCAUGGCCGACGCCGCGCUCCCGCCGGCGCACAAGCUCCUCCCCGCCGUCUCCCUCCCGCUCCUCUCCUCCUCCUCCACCACCCGCGCCGCGCCGCUCCUCUUCCUCCGCGCCAGCCGCCGCCUGCCGCUCGCGCCCCUCGUCGCCUCCUCCGACGCCGUCGAGGCGGGCGUCGAGUGGGCCGACGAGGAGGAGGAGGAGGAGGCGGGAGAGGCUUUCGAUGAGGCUGAGGAGGAGGUGGUGGCCUCGGGCGACGAGGAGGAGGACGGUGGGGACGUCGAGGGGGGGUACACCGCGGUGGAGCCGCCCGAGGAGGCCAAGGUCUACGUCGGGAACCUCCCUUACGACCUCGACAGCGAGGGCCUCGCGCAGCUCUUCGACCAGGCGGGUGUCGUCGAGGUCGCCGAGGUCAUCUACAACAGGGAGACUGGCCAGAGCCGUGGGUUUGGCUUCGUUACCAUGAGCACCAUUGAAGAAGCUGACAAGGCCAUUGAAAUGUUCAACCGCUAUGACAUUAGUGGGAGGCUUCUGAAUGUAAACAGGGCAUCUCCUAGGGGCACCCGCAUGGAGAGACCUCCUAGACAAUUUGCAUCUGCAUUCAGAGCUUAUGUUGGCAACCUGCCAUGGCAAGUCGAUGACUCUAGGCUGGUGCAAGUGUUCAGCGAGCAUGGAGAAGUUGUUAAUGCUUCAGUUGUCUAUGAUAGAGAAACUGGGCGCUCACGAGGAUUUGGCUUUGUGACGAUGGCGUCAAAGGAGGAACUCGACGAUGCUAUUUCCGCUCUUGAUGGGCAGGAAUUGGAUGGCCGCCCACUCCGAGUGAAUGUUGCAGCAGAGCGGCCACAGAGGGGCUUUUGAUGCUGCACUAUGAGAGAUGUUGCUUGUUUGUAAUGAGCACGGAAAGACAACAGAGGAGCAAUGGGAUGCUUUUGCGGGAACUGAACUGUCACAAGUUGCUAGAUAUUCCCUUAAGGGGGUGUUUGGCAACACCCUGUUAAA